GGCAUCUAGAUCCGCCCUUCCCAUUCCCCAAACCCUCCCCACACACACCAAACACACUAUCCAUGGCGCUCCGCACGUUGGCCGCGAAGAAAACCCUAGGCCUGGCGCUCGGCGGCGCGCGGCCGCCGGCCGCCGCCAGGGGCGUGGCGACGUUCACGCUCCCCGACCUCCCCUACGACUACGGCGCGCUGGAGCCGGCCGUCUCCGGCGAGAUCAUGCGCCUGCACCACCAGAAGCACCACGCCACCUACGUCGCCAACUACAACAAGGCGCUCGAGCAGCUCGACGCCGCCGUCAGCAAGGGGGACGCGUCCGCCGUCGUCCACCUCCAGAGCGCCAUCAAGUUCAACGGCGGCGGUCAUGUUAACCAUUCAAUCUUCUGGAAGAACCUCAAGCCCAUCAGCGAGGGUGGUGGUGAGGCACCUCAUGGCAAACUUGGCUGGGCCAUUGAUGAGGAUUUUGGUUCUAUUGAGAAACUUAUAAAGAAGAUGAAUGCAGAGGGUGCUGCUUUACAAGGAUCUGGAUGGGUGUGGCUAGCUUUGGAUAAAGAGGCCAAAAGGCUUUCAGUUGAAACUACUCCUAAUCAGGACCCUCUUGUGACCAAAGGGUCAAACCUGCAUCCUUUGUUGGGAAUUGAUGUCUGGGAGCAUGCGUACUACCUGCAGUACAAGAACGUGAGGCCGGACUACCUGACCAACAUCUGGAAGGUGGUGAACUGGAAAUAUGCCGGAGAAGAGUAUGAGAAAGUGCUUGCAUGAUUUGUCCGAGUAGACAGACAGUACUUCGCUCGCUCUUGAGUUUCCCACUGUUGGAUCUUUGUAUAUGCAGUAAUAAAAGUGGGCACUAUUCCACUGUCGGGACCUUCUGUACAUCGCAUAGAGGCGGGGUAAUGUCCAACGCAUAGAACAGUGCCUGUCCAUUUUGGUACUUUUUACUGUGCCUGCGUGACUAAUAAACUCGUUCGCUAGUGCUGUUGCUGUCCUUGUGUGCACGUAUUGGUAUGGAUGGAUGAGCUUUCCGAAA